UAUAUAUCUUGUGUCACCGUUAAGAUGUACCCGCUGGGAGCGAUGUUACUUCGCGACUACACGGUCUGUCGACAAAUAAUAGCCGUUAUCGAAGCGACGUCCUGCAGCGAGUGCAGCGUCGCGACACCGCGCGGAUAUGUGUGUUGUCAUCAAUAAAGCGACGCACCGAUAUCGCGACGUCCUGACGGAAGUUGGCCACGGAUGUUAUUCGCAACGUCACCGAAGACUCCUGGAACGAAGAUCGUGUAACAUUGCGCAAAUAUUCGUUAUGAAAGCAAUUACUCCGGAUUUCAUAUUACAAUGCGGCGCGAAGAGUGGGAUACUUCUGGGAUACAUUUUCUAGUGAUCGUCGGGAAUUCCGAACUAGAAUAAUACGGUGAGCGUUUCUGUCGUCCGAAAGGAUCUGUCAAUCCAGAAACCUGUGGUGUGUUUUGAAUCGAAGAGAAUCACGGCGAAAACAUUACAAGUGAAACCUCGCGAUUGCGGAUGGAUUGAUCAGUGCGCGCCGAAAUCGCAUCGUCGAGGCUUUCCCCCCCGUCGGUCAGGAGUGCAUCGGAUGCGUGAGAAAGUGCAGCUGCAGCAGUAGCAGCAGGGCGUCGGGAGGAGAGGUUAGGCGAGGCCGACACCCACCGAGCGAGUCGAUCAGCUGUUCCGCGGUGCCGACAUCAUUGUCGUUUCGGACGGUAGAUAGUCCCAAUGCUACUCUAUCAAGAAGACAUUUCGGACAUCCUUGUUUCAAGUACUUCUUGGCGCGAACGUGAAAGAAAAAGGGACAAUGUUGUCGUACAUGUUGCCGACGGAGGACAAGCCACCGCCCGGCGAACCCAGCAGCCAACAGAACAAUUAUCGCACGGCCAGCAAGCUGCAAAAGAGCACCGCUGUAGUGAGCACAUCUCCCAGAAAAUGCACGGACACGACUAGAGCGAUGAUCGUUUCCACCAAGAUCGAGGAUUCGACUGGCGGCGAUCCUGUCGCCCGGCACGGUUUCCCUCGACCGGUCGAGAGUCCGAAGCACAAUGGAACGACAACCACGAGGAAAUCGACUCUGCACAACGCCAGCAGGGUUACUAAGGACGACAGUCUCUACAGCAUCGACAGCGUAGCCAGUACUGCCGGCAGCGAACGUAAGAACAAGAUUCUCAACGGCGCGAAGCACGCCAGCCUGAAAAGGGUAUCCUUCGGCUCGAGCAAAGGGUCGAUGGUGGAAACACUCGUUUAUGAGACCCCAGUACAAGAGGAACCUGAGAUCAAUCACUUUCUGGACCACAAUGGCCGCUUACCUCCUCCUAUGAUACCUGUGCCUGAUACUGACGAAGGUAGAGAAAAAGUACGUGUCUCGUUGUUAGGUCCACAACCAUCACCGGCGACGCCAGGUGUUCUCUUGCUGGAGCCGAUCACGCAUUCGACAGGACUCCCGAUCAACAUGGCCAACAAUCCUACGGAACUUCUGACCACGCACACUGAGCACACCACGCCUGCCUACCACACGCAAAUCAGUACGGACAGCGGCUGGGAUAAUCCGUUCAGACCGGAUGGCGAUCUCUCCCGGGAAGCCGAUGAGAUCGUCGAACUUAUAAAGGGUGGGAAACCGAUCACGCCGACUCCGGGUCAGAACGCGCCGCCGUUACCAGGAUGCGAUGGCAAAUCAGGUGAUUCGAGUACCAGCCCGCUUCUUAAAUCUGCGAAUUGUCACGCUAACUCGUCACCGAGGCCCGGUCAGGAGAAUGGUAGUGCACGAAGUGGCACUCCUUCGAAAACUGCCGGCAACCAACCUGUUAACGAAAAGGUCGGCGCGUCUCGGACCGCAACGGUGGAAGUUGCGAGGAUGACGGCGCAGGGCCCGGGCGACGCGUCACAGGUUGAGCACGUCACUCUGAAGAAGAAGCCUAAGUGCAAGUGCUGCGUGCUGCAGUAAUGACCGCGCGACGGAGCCAGCGGGGACGCGCACGAGAGACGAUCCUCCUCCAUUAUCGGGAGCGUAACUUCAGCUUCGUGGCUAUUGAAGAAAUCACGACUGGGCAACUCGAGGUAUCGAGGACGCAUCGAUGAAGAAGCGACUCGAAGAGGAUGCCGGAACAGGAAAGCGCCGGCAUUCCAAACACGCUCGAGACCUAGAGAACCGGUCCAGAAGGUAAUUUCUCAGAGGGAGAAAAAGGUUUCGUCUUUAAAGAAUGUGAAGAAAGUGGAACGAAAUAUUGGAAACGAUGAGAAAAUGAAGAAUAUGAUUGGAUAUACGAGAACAUCAGAUUGUUAAAAA